GACAUUUUGGACAGCACAAUCAGGAUCAAACACCAGUCAUACAACAACCUUAUUGUGGUUAUUGUUAUCCUCCACCUGAAGAAUACUCCUGGAUCUUCUAUAGAUUUAUCCUUUGGACAGCAACUCAUAGUGCUAUUAGCUAUACAGGACUCACUCAUUAA